CUCAUUUAGAACUGAAGGAGAACACGAUUUGUGUCUGAAAAGCCAAUACAGAAAAUACAUACAGCAAAUCAUGUGCCUGCAGCAUUACUGAAGCGCUUUUUUGAGCUCUGCUAAUAGUGGAAAGGGAAGAAAUAAAGAAAUGCUGCAGGCACUGACUGGACUACAGUUUCAGCUCAGAGGAAAGCUACAGGAUCAAGAGUGGACAGAUAAGCACCCUCGAGAAGAAGCUCAUGCACAUUAUUCACAGUGCCAUAUGCCGGUUUCACAGUAUCCUGGGUUCAAUGGAUUUUUUCUGUCGGGAACACACUUUUCAUCAGACAGAACUCCAGCAGUCUCAGAGGUACAAACACACUUGGAAAAUCAGUCUAGAUACCACAUACAGCAAAGCCAGAGGCACCAGGUGAAGCAGUACCUGACCCUUGAUACCAAGCUGUCCAGCCAGACGGUUUCCCUCUCCCACUCCCACACAAUCCAGCCUGCAGGAGUGAGCUCCAUUUUAAGAAACGGACACAUGCCUCCAGUCAGCGAUAUUGGCACACCAGAAAGCCCUGUUACCAAGCUGCUGGCCCUCGGAGGCGAACACGAAAAUGCGAUGGAAGAGGUGAUUGAAGACAUAAUCAAUAUGGAAUCAAGUUUUAAUGAUGAAGGGAUAGGUUGUUCUGAAACUCCUCUACUAAUGCAAAGAACUCUAUCUAGCAGCAUUUUGGAUAUAUAUAACAGUGACCAGGGAAUGGCACCAGCUAAUAUGGGUCUCACAAAUGCUUCUUGCCCAGCUAACCUACCAGUAAAAAGGGAACUCACAGAAGCAGAUACACGAGCAAUGGCAAAGGAGAGACAAAAAAAGGAUAACCACAAUCUCAUUGAGAGAAGAAGAAGGUAUAAUAUUAAUUACCGAAUCAAGGAGCUUGGCACACUCAUCCCCAAGUCUAAUGAUCCUGAUAUGCGCUGGAACAAAGGAACUAUUUUAAAAGCAUCAGUGGAGUACAUCAAGUGGCUACAAAAAGAACAACAGAGAGCCAGAGAAUUAGAACACAGGCAGAAGAAAUUAGAGCAUGCUAACAGAAGACUUCUACUCCGAAUUCAGGAACUAGAGAUCCAGGCACGUGCACAUGGCCUUCCAGUCAUGUCUUCACUCAGUGCUGUUGAUUUAGCUGCACAGGUCAUCAAGCAACAGUCUUACCCAGAGGAGAACGCUGUAGACUACUCUCAACAAAUGCCUCUGGCACAUGGACCGAAUUCUGAUGUUUGCGAUGGAUCUACAGCCUUUUCUGAUCCACUUUCACAUUUCACGGAUUUGUCCUUCAGUGCAGCUUUAAAAGAAGAGCAACGGCUAGAGGAGAUUUUACUGGAUGACACAGUGUCACCAUUUGGAACAGACCCACUCUUGUCCUCCACGUCCCCAGCCGCGUCAAAGGAGAGCAGCAGGAGAAGCAGCUUUAGUACAGAUGAUGGAGAUGAUUUAUAAAACCAGAAAGGGCCGCUUGCUAAAAGACUGAGUUGAACAUAGGCAUGAUGUUUGUGCUUAUUUUAAAUAUGAAAAAGGAGAGACACCAUGAAGAUAAGUUACUACAUGACAAGGUUUUAAAUCAGCUUCACAUGGAAAUGAGAUGGAGAUGACCUCAUACCACUUCGCCCCAAAUUCACACCCUCUGUUCACAGCUGACAUUUGCACAAAUCUUUCUUCACUGGGAAUGUUUUUACUGUUAUUCCAUGACUUUUUAUAGCUCUAUGAAAAUAGUUACCACAAAAGGAAUACCCAUGUUACAAAAGUGUAUUCAAACUCUCUCUUCGUUCUGUGUUCACUUUUCUCUGCUAUAAACAUGAGUUCUACUGAUUUUUUAAUUUCUUUUAUUUAUAUAUCUACAAAUCCUACAAAACAUGAAGCAACAGGGAACUAUUUAAGCUGGGAACUGUAGAGAUGUUACAGGUUCUAAAAUCCGAACAAACAGACGGUAAUCCUUUCACACAAGUGAAGUGAGCAUGAAAUUUAAACUGUGUAGGCUUCUCUUCAAAAGGAGAAAAUCCAUUAAGCUUUUCAUGGAAUUCCAUUUUUAAAAAAAUUUUCAUUUGCGAAAAAAAGCAGGCUUUUAAUAUAUAUUUUAAUGAUACAGAAGAAAAAUGGAAACUAACGUAGAGGCAGAGACUCAAACGAACUCAGACAGAAAAUGGUAUGACAUUUCAGCAGAAAGACUGUAUGGACGUACCAGACUCAACAAAGAUGCUCUGUGUUACAAUUAGCACAAUUUAAAACAAGCACUACCAGUAACAGUGCUGUGUCAGCUGCUUUUCCCAAGAAUAUUCAAACUGUGUCCUUUUUUUGUGUGCAAGACAUCAGAAUUCAGAGACACGACAGUGUGCUUUUGGUCAACGCUUUCAGUGUCCUUUGGCAGCACAGUAAGGUUUUUCCAAAGGGACUCUACUUAUCCAUACGCAUGCCUUUGAUCCAUUUGGAAACAGAAGGAAAUGACAAGAUCCCCCUUGCAUACACUUGAAACAAAGAGAAUUUAAUUUCAAAUUUGGCUUGGGAUUCACUACAGAAAAGCAGAAAAGGAAGACUUUUCAAACCGACAGGGGUUUUCAGAAGUGUUGAUGUAAUGCACUGCUGCUCACAACUAGCUUGCUAGGAGGGGGCAUUCAGAAAAUGUGUUUUGAUGACUCAGUAAAAGCUUGGCAGUUAGAGGACAGGUAGAAGGCAUAUCAUUUCUGUACUUAGUGAAAUUCUGGGAAGAGAUGUAUGUUCCUGGAGGACAUUAAGUGCAAUCAUUCUAAUGGUAAUAUUAAUACAUGGAAAAAUAAGCUGGCACAAGUUCUUCAUAGCUUUUCCUCAACCAAAGCCAAAAGACCACACUAGGGAGUUCUUUAACAAUUUAAAAUAUAUUUCAAAAGUGUGUCUUACUUUUGCUGUCACUGAGCCUGCCUCAUGCCCCACAAGUGUCACAGUACUGGAAAUAAUAGUAAGAGGUUAAAGUUGAUUGUUUAUAUGAACAUUUUACAUUUAUUUAAACAUAUUAUCCAAAAACAGAUUAACUGUUUCUUCUUAUUGCAUCUUAUUGGUACCUGGGUCCUCCUCAGAGUCCUUGCCCAUUCCUGACCAACCCAGACAGUGUCACAAUAGUUUCUUAAUUGGAACGUUAGCAGUGGGAUAAUAAAUUACAUCUGGGUGGCUAUGAAAGAUGAUGGAGUAUCCAAUUUCACAAGACUAUUUACGUUUUUAGGAAAUUCAAGUCUUUCUAUGAGUCUAUGCAAACUACUUGGAUGUAAGCUGAACAGAGUAGAACUGAUUUUCUUGUUGCAUGUGUGGAUUCACACACAGCCCAGCACACACCUGACCUGCAGGAGAGGAUAUGAUAUGCUUCCACUGCACGGUUAAAAAGAAUAACAACAAUCAACAGGGUUCUGGGUUGUGGGGGUUUUUUGUUACCGCUUUUUUUAUGUUGUUGUUGGUUUGUUGUGGGGUGUGUGUGGGGGUUUUUGGUGGGUUUUUUUUGUAGUAGUAGGAAAGAAAUGAGUAUUAAUCACAGGUAACAACACAGGACUGAUCAGCAUUUUAAUUGGAUACAUCAGGCUCAUUAAAAGAGGAAGCAUUUUGUCAUAGUUUUGCCAACAAUGAGCUAAUAUUGACAUUUCAACACAAGAUAUGCUAAAUUAAAAGUAACAUUUAUGCCCACAUUAUGUCUAGUGUGGGAUGUGUAUUGUCCAUUUCAGCUGGUGAAAGGAAGAGGUACUUGGUUGAUAUCAAAUGCCAUUUGUCCUCGUACUGCAGUUUCUACUACAUUAGUUUUAAAUACACCAGUGUGGAUUGCUCAUAAUGGAGAAAAAGAAAUUAAAUAUGAAUGUAUUACAUGACUUUCCCAUUGAACUUUUACAUGGGAGUUAGACCAUACUUCUGAACUAUAUUGACUUUAAAUAACAUCCUGAAUUUCAUCACUUUUAUAAGCACUGUUCUAAAAAAACAUUAUAGUGCAUCCAUUAAAUUUUUUAAAGUUGAUUUUCAUUCUUCUGACAAUUGCUUCGGUCUAAAGCUUAACAGAAGAUAGUGAAUGCUCCUUUUGCAAUGUACCGUAUUGCAUCUAUCAUGAAACAUAUUCAAGCUGUCUUCAUUCACACAAAAUCCCACCCCCCCUUGCCCAAAACACUAAAUGUAUCCAUACCUGUAGGUGUAUAUUAGGGCAAUGUUGUCUCACUACUAUCACGUUUUUUCCAGUAGGAAAUCAUCAUAAUUUAGUAUUUUAGCUAAUAACUUUAACCUGUAUUACAGCAUCACCCUUGAAAUGAAAUGGUGGCGUAGAGUGCAAGAAACAGUAGGACAUUCUGGGGGUGAAUAGGUGGUACUGAAGGUAUUGGGAUGUGUGUGCGCUGGCAACCACAUCCCAGAUUUUCUGGAGUAAGCGUGCCCUCUCCCAGCCCAGGUGUGGUGAGGCUGCUGUGGAGCAGAGAGGACCAUUAGAGCAGAGCAGAGCAUGGUCCUACCGGCUUGCACAGAGGAAAGGGAUUUCAUGACUACAGGGACAAAUCCUGACAUCCUCCCUCAGGCAGAAUUUCUUUGCUGUCCAUGAGAGUUUUAUUGCACUGUACCAUAGUGCAAGGGAAAUACACUUUUUAGCUAUUUCCUAAAGAGAUCUGUUUAAAGAAAUCUCAUGAAAGAGAUGCAUAGUAUAUCUAUGGCUCUGGGCAUAGAAAAGAAUGUAAAGACUUCCAGAGAUUGACUCGAGCAGGGCAGGGGGUGAGGGGAACUGGCUAUUUUUGUCAACAUGUAUUAAACGAGGAGUUCUUGUUUGUUUUCAAUAGCAGCUGUUCAAAGCUGGUGGACGUGUUCCCACAGAAUACACAAAACAGCAGACUGAUAAUUACACAAAAGGAAAGGGAGCUGAAAUAUUAACAUCCUGUUUAAUUCAUGGAAUGGAUAUAGUUACUACAAAAAGAACAGAAAACUAAAUUAUUUUGUUGCACAUAACGUGGCUAGUGUGAAAAGCUACCCUAAGUGCAAACAGUUUUAACAAACAGGAACACAGUCUCUUUACAUAGUAAAAUAACUAAAUAUAAUUCAGUCAUUUAAUCUUAAUAAGAACAUUGUUAUUAUAAUACCUUUUGACUUUAAUAGGGCUGUAUAUAUGAAUGGAGGAUGUAAAAUUAUUGUAAUUUAAAAUUAUGUUAAGUCUUUUAGAUAAGUAAAUGCAUUUACAUUACUAUUAUGAGACUGUAGAAUAUUUUUAUAAUAAUUGCUAUUUUUCAUUGUUAACCAUAUAGUAUCUUGUUUUGUAAGUCAAUGUAUGCAGACAGAAUGUACUUUAUUAUGCAUUGUACAUGCAAUCUUUAAAAAAAUACAUUUUAUACAUGCUGGUAUUUUAUGUUUAUUAUAUGAAUACAAUUAAAGGACUGAAAUUAAAACAUCUUUUUAUAUGUCC